GAUUCCACUGCCUGCCGACUUACUCUAGCGUGACCAACGCCGCCACUGGCCAGUAACCAAGCCAAACCGGACUGGGAUAACCAGCUUCCUGCAGCACCAGUGACCUCACACAUUCCCCAUCCAUUCCACCCUACUGGAUUUCCUCAAGGCUGCGCAUAGAUACCUAGGCAAGUACUCAGUACACAUGCGAUGUCUUCAAUCGGCGAAGCAUCGGGCAGCGGAUCCGGCGGCGGCGCCAGUGGCUCGUACAUCCCCGGCUCGGCGACCCCCUCGUCCCUGACCUCGCCAUUGCAGAAGACCAAGUCGCGGCACGUGCAGCUGGUGGAGGCAUCCGGCGCGGCGCUGCGAGAGCGGCAAUGGAGCACUGGUGGGCCGGGCCGGCCUAGGCCCUCGCCCAUGGUGCGCUCCCCGUCCGCGUACUCGGCGAGAUCGGCGUACUCGGCGUAUUCGCGCGCACAGUACACCUCCUCCGGCGCGAGGACCCCGAUCGAUCCUCACUCGCCGCGCGCGAGCAUCUCGACGUUCCAUCUGCAGCAUCUGCUGGAGAGCCUGGAGAUGGAUCAGUACGAUACGUUUGGCGUCGAGGAAUUGCGCGAUGGGUUCUUUGACGCGACGUUCUAUCGGUCGACCGCACAGCAGGGUGGGGAGGAUGGCGGCUCGUCGGACGAUGAGGAUGGCGGGUUCUUUGGUGUGGAUCCUGGAAAACACUUUCGGAGCACUGUCCAUACCCAGAUUGAGGACUGCGGAUACUUUUUCACCACGGCGUUUCGAUCGCGGUCCGGGAUUCGGCUCAUGAAGGCCUGCUUGGGGUACUUCAUUGCGUAUGUCUUCUGUCUCAUACCUCAGAUCCAGAGCGUGCUCGGGAAACACUCGUACUGGGUGCCUAUUGCGGCGCUCUUCAACCAUGCAGGCAGGACGGUGGGAGCCCAGAUCGACGGGACGGUCGGCUGCAUGCUCGGCGGGGCCUUUGGACUCGGCUUCGGCUGUCUAGCACUCGAGGCGGCGAGCGCCACGGCCGCAUCACGCAGUGCUUACGGUGGCGUUCUGGCAGCUUUUCUGAUCCCGAUCAUAGCUUUGUUGAGCUGGGUCCGCUGCUCCCUCCUGAGAUUCUACCAAGGCAUCAUCGCCGCUGGUAUCGCCUUGAUGUUCCUUUGUCUCGUCGAAACCGACGACAUCCCCCGUGAAGGCAGCUUGACACGUCCUAUCGUUCGAGAGUUUGCCGUACCUUGGUUGGUCGGCCUGGGAAUUAGUUUGGUUGUGAAUCUUUGUUUGUAUCCAGAAGCUGGCAGUAGAGUCAUAGCGACUGCUCUGCACGACUCCAUGGAAUCGGCACUGAGGGCGCUAGUAUUGCCGCGUACCUACUCGCUGGAGAUCCACAGCAACAUGAGUAAACAGCUCGUGAACCUUUCCGAUGCCGUGCGAGACAUGAGGAACGAGGCUACCAUCACGGCACUUGAGCCUGCCGACGUCGAACAGCUUCGAAAUCUCCUGCAGAGUGUCAUCAGACAGAUAAUGGCAAUAAAGCCAGAGACGAGUCUCUUCGACCAUGAGUCCUGCCAGCCGCCCUCAACGCCAUCGGGUGUUGAUAACCCGCACGACGUCAUCAUCAACAUUCACUCGGGCGAUUCGGUGGAUGUAGCCAGUAUCGACGGCGAGUCCACCUACGAGACUCCGCUGGAGGUUGUUCGCCAGACGAUGGCCGAACCAGCAAGGAACUUGGUCACGACCAUGGCGGCGAUGCUUCGCUGCUGCGAUAAUGCGCUAAUGAGGAUUGCCGGUCUUGCGGAUCUGUUCGACCACGAGGAAUUGUUUGACGUCGAGCUAUCACGCGAGGAGCUCAAGUCUGCAAUCGACGCAUUCGAUCGUGCCGAUGCCAUACUCAUCGAACAUCCCAGUCUGCCUUCAUCAUACUCCACACAUGCAGACCUGGUCGAGCUGUUCUUAUUCAUAAACCCACUUCGCCAAGCAGCCGGAGCGAUUGAUUCACUGGCCGACAGGGUGUUGCAGAUGAGCCGGGACCCAAAAGCGAGGCGAAAGCGGAUAUUCCUCCCGUCGUAUCCAUUCUGGAAAGCCAUAUACCGUACGAACCCACAGGUCCGCCACGACCGAGGCGGUGUGAGCGCAGGAUACUAUUUCCGAAUUAAAGGCGAGAUAAACAGCAUCAUGGGGAAGAUCCAUGCGCGGGCGUACCACCCGGAUCCCGAUGGGGGACCAGCAGACGAGGGCAUGUGGAGAAAGCAAGCCGGCAUCGAUGGCACGGCCGAUGGUGACACCCUGCGGUAUCGCACGUGGAAGAUUCUACACAGACUGCAACAGUUUGAAACGAAAUUUGCGGUCAAGGUGGUGUUGGUUACGGCAACGCUUAGUGCUCCGGCGUGGCUGAGACAGAGCUCGGACUGGUGGAGGGCACAUGACUCCUGGUGGGCUGUGAUUGCGGCGUGGCUCAUGAUGCACCCACGAGUGGGAGGGAAUGCUCAGGAUUUGCUAACAAGGACUAUUGCCACCGUCGUGGGCGCUGCAUGGGGGGGCUUCGCGUAUGGUGCUGGAUCGGCGGCAGGGCCUGGAGGCCGUCCGUACGUCCUCGCGGCUUUUGCAUUCGUUUUCAUGAUUCCGGCAGUCUUCCGGUUUAUGCUUUCAUCCCAUCCGCGUUCCGGCUUGAUGACUUGUUUGAGCUUCACGAUUGUUUCAUUGACGGCGCAUAACCAGCCUGAAGCAGGCCAGUCGGCAGCAGAGGUGGCGUCGCUGCUGGGAAUCGGACUGGUCAUCGGAGUGGUGGCGGCUGUGGCGGUCAACUGGGUGGUGUGGCCGUUCGUCGCCAGACAUGAGCUCAGGAAGUCAUUGAGCGAUAUGCUCUUGAAUCUUGGGAUCGCGUACCGCGGUGUUGUCGCCAGGCUCGUCUCCUUCACGUUCUACCUAACGGUGGCUUGCGCUCAUUGAUGUGAUUGUGCAGAUAUAUCUACCACGACGCCGAUUACCACCCAACCCGUGAAGAUAUCGAGAUGUCGGAGAUCCAAGAAGCCAAGCUACGCGAGUACUGCUUCCGGAUGAGGGAGUUAUCGGACAUGACCCGCCACGAAAUCCGUCCUCGAGGCCCGUUCCAUCCAGCGCCUUAUAACGCAGCCAUCGAUGCGUGUGAACGCUUCCUGGAGCACAUCAUCGAAG